GACAAAUUGUGUGGGAGCGCUCGAGCCCUGCUGCUCUCCCCCCGGUCAAGAAGCAUCCUGCCCAGAGAGGCGGUGAUUAGAUUUCCCCUCUGGUGUUUCCGGUUGAGAUGGAUCAGACGCUGUCUCCUUGCAGACAUGCAGCAGACUCUGUGAAGCCUUCCUUUCACUCGAAUGAAAGGGAUCUCUAAGAAGUCUGGUGAACGCCUGUGUGUCGCUGUUGUUCAUCAUCGUCCAGCCAAGUAAAGAAAGCGGAUUCCCCUGAGCGAGACGGGAAGUGAAGAAGGUUCACCGUAGAAGGUGUUUAACGUCUUCUUCAGUGAGCGACCCCUCCCUUCCUCUUGGCCCUUCGACUCAACCUCCUUCACGAUGUCAUCUCAGGCCACGCCCAUCCAGGGAUCACGACCCAUGACCCCACCGCUGAUCUCCACAGAAUCCCCAGUGUCACCAGAGUCCCUGCACCCGCCGGCCGGCAGACACAGAGACCGCUCGCCUUCCCCCAUGAGAGGCUACCUCGUCCCCAGCCCCCUGCCCACACGCAGGACCAGGACCUACUCGGCGGCGACUCGCGCGGCAGAAGGUCCGGCGUUUACCGGCGUGUGUAAAUGCUUCUCGCGCUCAAAGGGCCACGGCUUCAUCACGCCAUCAGACGGGGGCGCUGAUAUCUUCGUCCACAUCUCUGACAUCGAGGGCGAGUACGUGCCGUUGGAGGGCGACGAGGUGAGCUACAAGAUCUGCUCCAUCCCUCCCAAGCAGCAGAAGGUCCAGGCGGUGGAGGUGACCAUCACCCACCUGAAGCCGGGGAGCAAGCACGAGACCUGGAGUGGACAGGUCGUCAGCGACUGAGCGCCGUCCCUCAUCAGAGGGGGAGGGGGGGGGGGGGGGGCGUUAGGGUAGUCUUAGGGAUGCAUUGAUCAUCUCGUAGUUCUCUCAUGGUUGGCUCUACCUGGGGGGGGGUGAGUCACUGAAUGGAUAGAUGUUUAUCUCAUGCUAACGUGAGCUCCUCUGCAGACCCUUGUGCUUCAUUUGAUCAGGAAAACUCAUUUAGACGAAUACUUCUACUUCUUUGGGAUUCAUUUGGAAGAGUUCAAUCCACAGCCAGCGUUACGAGUGGCGACGGGAGAGAGCUGUGGGGGGGGCGGGGGGCGUGUUGGUUGUUGUUCCUGUUUUACUGGUUGCUUCUACCCAGAGGACUCGCAGGCCUCGUCUGUAUUUCAUCCUGUG